CACGUGGCUUCUUGAUGACAACUUAGAAAGUGGCUGUAGGAGCAAUAGAGCGGCUAUGAAGAGGCCUAACAUUUUACUCACAGGGACACCUGGUGUUGGGAAAACUACACUAGCCAAAGAGAUAGCUCUGAGAACAGAUUUAACAUACAUUAAUGUGGGGGAUAUGGCUAAAGAAGGGGAACUGUAUGAAGGUUUUGAUGAAGAAUAUGAAUGCCCAAUAUUAGAUGAAGACAGAGUUAUUGAUGAAAUGGAAGAUAAGAUGAAAGAUGGAGGUGUCAUAGUUGAUUAUCACAGCUGUGACUUCUUUCCUGAACGCUGGUUUAACAUAGUAUUUGUGCUUCGCACGGAAAACUCAUUUUUGUACAACAGAUUGGAAAACAGAGGUUACAAAGGAAAAAAACUUCAAGACAAUAUUCAGUGUGAAAUUUUUCAGACAAUUUAUGAAGAAGCCAUGUCAUCCUAUAAAGAAGAAAUUGUACAUCAGUUGCCUAGUAAUACUCCAGAAGAUAUGGAGCAGAAUUUAGAUCAAAUUCUACAGUGGAUUGAACAGUGGAUAAAAGACAAUAACUGAUUUUUGAAAAAUCAUAUUUACAGUGAUAAAUAGAAGUUGUGUUUUCAUUCAUUGAAGAAACAAUAAUUUCUUCAUGCAAGGUGAAAAUUAACAAGGCCACUGAAUUUUCUAUUUUAUGCUGUGUUCUUUAGAGUCUAUGAAAGCAGGUGUCAGACAUUAAGAGGUUAAGAUUUAAAAAUCUGAACUCGAGUAUCCAAAAUUCAAUAAUAAAAAUAUUUGAAAAGAUGAAAAAUAAGAGUUCCCUAGUUAAUAUGGCUGCCAAAACCUUAUUCCUGUACAAAGUUUUAUUAUGCAGUGGCUCUUCUGUGAUUCAUUUCUAAAUAUGGGACCAUGUAAUUUAAUAUAUUAACAUAAUUUUAGUUAUUAAUUUAUUAGCAUGCUGUAAAUAUGCAGGAAAAUUUGUAUCUUAUGUUUCGUUAUUUAUAUGAUUUGCUGUUUAAUUAAACUAUUUUUUGCUCAGCUUUUGUUCAGUUUAAAAGGCAUCCUCAACCCCAGAUUCAUGAAGUCAUCCCUCUCUGAAUAAAUGCUGAUGGCAUUUUAAGUAGAUAGUAAAUAGGUUACAUGUGGCCAUAACUGCAGUGAUCCAAGAAGUGUCUGAUGCUAUUGCUUGCAUCAUAUUUUUCUAUUCUCUGCGCUAGAAAUGUUCAUAAUAAAUAUUACCAGAAUUUAUUAUCCUAAAUUUUUCUAAAUAAAAAUGAAUUUAUAGUGAAAAGACAAGAACAGUGAUUGGUGGGAAAGUACAUUUUGUCAUGUAAAAAAUGCCUAUAUAAGAUAUAUAAAGUAUAUACAUUUUUCUUAGCAGCUCCCAAAUUUGAUAUUAAAUGUAUCAAUAAAUUACGAUUUUAGUCCUAAUCAUAUAUCAUUGGAUUCCAUCCAGAGUAUGAGAAGAAACUAAAGUUCUCAGACAAAGUUAUAUUUAGUUAAACAUUAAAUAUUUUUAGAUUGCAACUGAACUGAUUGAAAAUAGACACUUCUGUUAGAUGUUGUGUUCACGCUAUCUGAAAAGCAGAUGCUUGGCCAAUUGCAAGAUGUAACGUAUCUUAUGUAUAUUAAGCAUAGUGAUUCUUGGAACCUUGUCUUUGACUAUUAAAUAUUAGUGAAUAAUGUUUUGAACAGUCAACAAUUUAGAUAAUGCAACUUUUGUUAUUUGGUACUGUAUUAUAUAGAUUAUUUGCAAAAUAAUUAUUACAUUCUUUAAUAUUACAUUUUUCUGUAUGUAAGAACAAAGAUUUAAAUGUUU